AUGAAGAAAAACGCUGAUUUAAAAUUCAGAAAUUUCCAUGAAACUUUCAAAUAUUGUGCAUUUGGGAUGGCUGUCGCGAAUAUUUACCCGAACAGAAAUAAUAUUAGAAUAAGAGGAUCCAUAUUCCUUUCCAUUGUAAUAUUUUGUAUCUUUCAAAUAUUUUGGUUUUUAACGUAUACCGUUAGUUGUUUGAUGAAACUGGAUAUCUUCAACUUCGCAAGAAAUGUCACAUUAUUGGUUAUAGUUCUUUUAUUUUUCUUCAAAAGUAUAUAUGCGAUUAAAUAUACAGAAUAUUACGCAUCUAUUAUAGACACUAUAAAUAAUGAUUAUAUAAAAGCCAAUAAUAUGGAUUAUGAAUAUCAAGAAAUAUACACAACCUAUCUUAAGAAGAGCAAAACCGUUGAAAUCAUUUGGCUAGUCAUACCAAUCAUUCUCAGCUCACAAUUCCCAAUAUAUCCAGCAAUUGUGAUGAUCAUUGAAAAUCUGACGCUCGCUUAUCCCAAGAAAUACAUGGUUCAUGAAAUGGAUAUGAUGUUCAUUGAAGACAUACAAUACACGAGCCCGUUUUUUGAAAUUUACUUUGCAUAUAAUAUAACCCAGUGUAUAUUUCUGUCAGCAAUUUUCAUAGGUUUUGACGGAUCAUUCUGUAUUGCCACAAAUCAUCUAUGUUUGAAGUUGAAAUUAAUGACACAUAAAGUUCAUAGAGCAUUCGUUGAUUCAAAAAACGAACGUGAAUUAAAGAUGAAAUUACGAGAAGCAACAUUGGACCAUGAAGAAACUCUUCAAUUCUUUGCUAGUCUAUCAGAUUUUUUUGGAAUGUGGCUUCUUAUCUUAUUUCUGGUAGCGUCAAUUGGAGUAACUUUCAAUUUAUUUCAGAUUUAUAUUUUGCAUGAAAUACAUCCAAAAUAUGCAAUUUUUCUGCUUGUCUCUAUUCUUCACAUUUUGUUACCUUGUGUGUAUGCAAGUAACGUAACAAAGGUUUCCAAUGAAACAGCCCGGGAGUUGUACUGCGUGCCGUGGGAAUCCUGCUCUAACCACUCGAUCACCAAGCACCUCAUCUUCAUGAUAGCGAGGUCACAGCAGCCCAUGAUCUUCACUGGGAAAGGGCUUGUCAAGUACAACAUGCAAUUAUUUAUCUCUAUGAUGCAAUCUGCUUAUUCAUUCUAUACUCUAAUCACGAGUUAA